AUGGAUUUCCAUCUAAGCGAAGAAUCUAAAUUCUAUUCAUAAUAAUACUAAAUACCUCUCGAAGUACCUUAAUUGGAUACUGAGUAGGAUUUUUCAGAUAAGCCUAUUAUUUUGAUACGUCAUGGAUUCAGUAUGUAGAAUUUUUAAGAAAAGGAAAUAACUUAUAAAAAUCCAAGCUGGGAAUAUAGCAAAACUGAGGGAUUAGAAGAGAUGUUCACUAGCGAAAAAUAUAUAGACUCAAGUCUUCAUGAAAUAGGAAUCUUUUAAUGCAUCUAAUAAUAAAAAAGUAUUAAUAAAUUUAAAUUUUACACUGUGUUUAUAUCUCCCUUGCGUAGGACUAUUUAGACUUGUAUAUAUUUAUUUGCAACUCAUCCAGAUAGAUAAAAUAUUAAAUUUGUUCUCUUACCUCAGUUAGCAGAAUGUCUCUGCUCUAGUGGCUGUUUCUCUGCAUUUACCCUCUCUUAAACCAGAAAAGAAAUGGAAGCAUUAGCUUAAAAAUAUCAAAUUUCACUUGAUUACUCAAGAGUAAGCGAGUUAGGGGAAUCAUGGUAGAUUAAAGUGUUGGAGAACGAUUAAAUAGUUAAAAAUAUAUUAGAAAAACUAGAGAGAAAUGGAGAGUGUGGCUACAGAUAACCAUACCACAAAAUUAUACUUGAUGAAAUAAAGUAAACCAAAAACUACCUAAUUGAAUCAUGGGAGAUGCUUUAUAAAAAAUCUAAAAGGGCUUAAGAAAUAAUUAAACAUUUUUUAGAAUCAGCAAAAUAAUAACAAAUUUAAAACGGCUAAGACGAUUCUGAGUAUAAAGUAGGUAUUGUUUCCCAUGGAUACUUGAUGAAAUGCAUGACUGCAUCAAGAAUUGAAGACAAUGGAUCAGUUUAAGAAGGUAUUGUCUUACAAAACGUAUAAAUACUUCCUUAUAGUUUUGAUUGA